AUGAAGGUAUUCUCGAGCGACUGCAAAUUCGAUUACUCUUGGGAAGAAGUAUCCACUGCCAACUGGAGAAAAUAUUGUCCCUGGAACGACAAAUCUACACAUGUAAUAGCCGUCGAUACAUUAUCGCGAUAUGUAGAUGCCGAAACCGGAAUUUUACGAACCGAACGACUCAUAACUUGCAAGCAAAGCGCACCAAAAUGGUUAAAAUCAUUAAUGGGCGGCAAAGAUACCUCGCACGUCUUUGAAACGUCAUACGUCGACCCCGUUACCAAGAAAGUAACCAUGACAUCUACGAAUCUCACCUUCGCCAAUAUAAUCAACGUUCAAGAAACCGUGGUAUAUCGACCCCUUUCUGCAAAUACAACGCAGUUUGUACAAACGGCACAAAUAACCGCUUUAUGCGGGGGUUGGCAGAAGGUCAAGAACGCGGUUGAGGAUGCGACUGUGACUGCUUUUUCGGAAAAUGCAAGGAAGGGGAAAGAAGGAUUUGAGGCGGUGUUGGCAAUGAGCAGAAGGGUUUUUAGUGAGGAGAAACAGAGGCAACAACAAUUGGCUGCUUUGGCUUGA